AUGGAUGUCGUUAAUCGGCCAACACCGAAACUUCUGUUCCUCGACUGUCCUCUGUUCGUUUUUCUUCCUUCAUUUUCCAUCGUUUCAUCGCUGCAUCAACACGAAAGAACACGCAACGACACUCUGUGUGUCAUAGAACAGAAUAUUUCCUUCGAAAUCUCCGAAUAGUAUCGUUAGGUUGUAGAUGACUAUAUUAAAACUUACAAUUAGUAUUAAUUUUGUAUUUCGUUUCGUUGUAUCUACAUGAAGAUAUAUGGGAUAUUUAUUCCUUAAAUAAUUGUUAAUUGUUAAAUUAUAGAUAAUUAUACCUAUUAAAUAAUAGAUUUGAUUAGUAAUAUUUAGUUUGCAUUUUAUACAAUAUGAUUGUAAAAUUCCACAUAGAAAUAACGCGAGGCUAGUUUAUAUAAUUAGAUUAAUCAAAAGUCAGUAAUUACAAGUGUCACGAGAGUUCACGGAUAAAAUUCGCGGUAAGCCACGCGGAACGCGAAACAAGGUUCGUUAUUGAAUGGCAACGAAGAUCGGUCGUAGCGUCGGUGAGUAAAAGAAAUACAAAUCCACGAUGAAGGAACGUCUUUCUUGCAGAUCCUGGUAGAAUACGACGACGUCGAGUGGCAAAGAAGAGAAUGGCUAUCGCCGCACAGGGACGCAGUGUUUUCGUUCUUCUUGGUGGAAAAGGGUCUGUGCUGGGCCGAACGACCUGACCCCAGGCAUGCCAGCCUCAUCGCCAUCGAUCACCACAAUCACGCGAAUAAUAACCACCACCAUCAUCGUAUCAACGGGAAACCGCUGAGGGAUCCCCAGAUCCUAAGGAGAAUAUUCUUGAUCGUUUGGAUGCAAAGUGUUGGCGUUCUCAGCGUGGAAGUUCUCGCAGCUCUUGGUUUUGUUCGUUCGGUAACAUUUUACCCGCUGGUGGCGCGAGCAGAAUUACCGGAAGACGCGAUGCCUCUCGAGUUCAUGCAAGAUCGAAGGCUGGAUUUCGUCGAUUACUCGAAGCUGAAGCCGUUCACCGUGAGUACCAUCGUCCUUUACUCCGCUCUGUUUCCCUCGCAUAUCCUACAACGUUUAAUUUCCAAUUGA